GCGACUUACUUGUACAGAAAGGCGUGCAACUGGCGAGCAUGAUUACCAAAUCCACUAUGAACUAGUGCCUAUCUAGCGGUCAUCAAAUCCUUGUGUUCUUUCCCUCGCCUCAUCUCUGAACAUUCUACUGCAAGCCAUGACCCUCACUGCAAGAAAGAUCGGGCAGACUGAAGUCCCUCCUAUCGGAUUUGGUGCCAUGGGACUCUCGGCCUUCUAUGGUGCCACCGAGGCUGACGAGGAUCGUUUCAAGGUUUUGGACGCUGUAUUCUCAGGAGGCUGUAUUCACUGGGAUACUGCCCAUAUCUACAACGAUUCCGAAGAACUUCUUGGAAAGUGGUUCAAACGCACAGGCAAGCGGGAGGACAUCUUCCUAGCAACGAAGUGCGGGUUCAAGGCCGGUGUGGGGGUUUGCGGUGAACCCGAUUUCAUCAAGGAGCAGAUGGCUCUGUCCCUUCAACGUCUGGGUGUGGAUCGUGUCGAUCUAUUCUACCUCCAUCGUGUGGAUCCCAAAACCCCCAUCGAGAUUUCAGUCGGUGCGAUGGCCGAGCUCGUGAAGGAGGGGAAGACCAAAUACAUCGGUCUCUCUGAAUGCUCCGCCCGAGACCUUCGUCGCGCUUACGCUGUCCAUCCAAUCGCCGCACUCCAAAUCGAGUACUCGCCGUUUGUGUUGGACAUCGAAGAUCCCAAGAUUGCGUUGCUUGAGACUGCACGUGAGCUCGGAGUGACCAUCGUCGCUUAUUCACCUCUUGGACGAGGCUUGCUGACUGGUCAAUACAAAUCGCCGGAUGAUUUUGAGCCUGGUGACUUCCGCCACAGUGUUCCCAAAUACUCGCGCGAAAACUUUCCCAAGAUCUUGAAGGUGGUUGAGGAAUUGAAGGCCAUCGGAGCUGCACACAAGGCGAGUGCCGGUCAAGUCACUCUCGCGUGGAUCCUUGCCCAAGGGCCCGACUUUGUCGUCAUUCCUGGGACGAAGAAGAUUAAGUACUUGGAAGAGAACUUGGGCGCGGCGGCUGUCAAGCUCAGCGAUGAAGAAAUCGCCAAAGUUCGAGCCAUCGCAGAGGCCGCCGAACUUCCGGGAACGCGUUAUGGACCAGCAGGAAUGGCCAGUGUCUCGGUCGACACCCCAGAUCUGCCAAACUGAGCAGAGAAAGUAAAAGAAACGUAACUGACUUAACCUGUACUGUUCGUGAUGCCUGAAAACACACAACUUCCAUAGCGAGCAUCGCACUCGGAACUCGUGUUCCACUGACUUGCGCGCCUGUCCAGGCUCGAAGUCGUCUACAUGAGCCAUAUCUUAAGUGCGCACCGCCACCCCUCUUGUCUAUGUUCUCUUCACCUCGAUCGCGCGACUCCAGCUCUGCUACGGUGCUGUUGCGCCUCGCCCUCCAGCAUCCGACUCUUCUGACUACUGUUUUCGAAAUGCACGAGCCAUCCUAGGAUUGAAAAUGGUCCGGUAUGUAUGAGUAUACAAUUUGAAAUGCAGAUAAUCAGUGAGGGUCUAAGUGCCGGCGAAAUUGCGACGUUGAGAUGGAAGUUUGCUGAGCCACGUUACGGAUCGACGCGGCGAGUUUAUCGGCCCAGUUCGUCGUUGGCCGUCAUGGCCGUCCAUCGAGAUCUGCACGGCCUACUGCAUCACCGACAUGGCAGAGCCUUCGCCGAUGAGGCCCAGAUUCUGGAGUCCGAUUUCAGUUCCGGCCACAGAAUUCCCGGUUUCAGUGACCUACACGUGAGAGCGAGGCGUUAUAUCGCCCGAGUUACAGCGCAUCACUCGUCGGAAGCUGGUAAUCGAUAAUGCAGUCUUCCGAUGGCGAGCUUCCCCAUUUCAUGAAGAUUACUUAUCGCAGCCAACGAGGUUUGAGCCUGAGGGCUCAAGAAACUCUCGAAUCACAUCUUCAUGCAUCACUGGUCUCUCCAGCAACCAACUUUCUUCUCUAGCUUGCCAGAUACCUGCGAAGAAAAACUAUCAUAACAAAUAUCACAGUACAUAUCGGCAAAGCUUAAAGCUUACAGUUCAGUUUUGGCCACCCUUGUCCGCUUCGUGAGAAUGAAAAACGCCGGGCCAAGUGCUUACUUGCUACCCUACUUUCGACUCGGAACCCGUAGUCAAGCCUCCCGAAUGUCGGCUGUGGGUCUGCCUGGGAAGAAAAGGCUUAUUACCUCCGCUAUCAGAGCGGGAAAACCCUAAAUAAGGUCCGACGUUGUUCCCAUCAUGAUGGACCAAGGGUUUAGUAUGCUUUUCGAUCGCCUCCGCUGCGAUCCGUGGCACGCAAUUUCCUUCCACGGACCUUCUUCUUGUCUUCCAUGCCUGCUCGGCGCACGCUAUUUUCGCCCAUCCUUACUCAGUGGCGUCCCUAGCCCUGGUUAUAGUCACGUAGCUACAAGGCUAACACUCCCGCUCAUUUGGCAUGGGCUCUUUGAGUGCUGACCUCGAAUCCCGCUUGGUUCCUGGCACGCUCUGCGCCUGUGCGACCAUCCUCACCUACGAUCUCCUCUGUACUUUGGACCAGGAGGUCCGAUAUGUAUGGCCGCGGCCAUGGACGACGAGCACGUUGUUGUUCUUUCUCAACAGAUACCUUCCUUUUCUCGAUACUUUUCUGAGUCUUACCGCCAGGUUCAGUCACCUUUCGCCUGAGCAAUGUUUCCAGAGGAAUAUGGCUGUCGGAUGGUUGUCUUUCUUUGGGGUCAUGCUGUCCGAGCUCAUCCUGAUUCUUCGCACUUGCGCAAUAUGGGAGAGAAAUCGCUUCGUUUUGAUCUUCUUAUGCACUCUUUCCCUGGGUUCAUGGAUUCCGAUGGGUGUGUUAUUGUAUCUAGAGACAAAGACUUUGGACUAUCAAGCUGUCCCUAAUGGAGGAGUUGGAUGCUACCUUGUCGAUGCUGGUCACGUACUUUUGUACGGUUAUCUACUGGUCAUGAUCUCCGAAACAGCUGUCGCUAUACUGACUGCGGUCAAGGCCUAUAAAGAUUUACGUCGGUCGAGAGUGCCCUGGGUGGUCAAGCUGUAUCAGGAUGGCAAGACUUCUUCCAAGCUCUGUUGAUGAAUUUUGACACGUCUUCAGGCCUGUUGUUCUACUUCUAUGCCUUGGCAAUCUCCAUCGCAAAUGUUUUGGUUCCGAUACUGGCUCCCUCCAUGUUCGCAAAUUGGCUCUCCACACCUCAGCGAGUUGUGCACUCACUAUUGAGCACUCGUGUUCUACUCUUGAUCAUGCGGCGCCGGCAAAUCGUGUCUUCUUCGGCUCGAGAGAGCUCCUCCUCGCUAGAGAGUCCUGCAUCUCGACUACAGACUGGGAUAGUGUUCUCCUCCUUUGUCGAAGAGACCCCAGAUAUCGCGCUGUCCACAUUCGAGAGCAGGUCUUCUUCACCGCGAGAUCCAUGCCUAUAUCCCUCCUCAACCGACAGCGAGUAUUACAAGGACAUCUGAGUCGUUUCAGAAGCAUUCAUUCACAACUGUAGCAUACUUAUUCACCCAAACAUUCCCGUUCUUUACCAACUGUACUAAAGCCACAACCUACUCUAUAUUGUCAUCAAUUCAGGGACCAUGUCAAACGCGUGACGGCGAACUUGACUUGUGCUUCCCCAUGUUCUCUCUGCGUCGGAGGAAUCUCUCGCGAGUCGCAUUCAUUGCCGCGUGCGCGUUUCUCGUGCGGUGGCUGUUUUUCUCCUCUUCUUCAAUAUCGGGCUCGGCUUCGCAAAUCCAGGAGCACAACUUCAUCGAACGCGCAACUCGCCCUGACAAGUCGCUCAAUGUGCAAAAGCACCGGUUCCUCCAAGCACGUAUGGGCCGCGAUGAGCGCGAGGAGCUCAUGGGGGAUGUCAUACAAAACGGGAUGAUGGACUAUUGGGAGAGAUUCCAAGUCCCUUAUAUGAUGAACAAGGACACGUCAUCCAUGGAUGCACAGCACGUAGUUGGUGCCAUUGACCAACUGCUCUCACUGAAUGGCUGGGUCGCCGCUCUCUGUCCGACCCUCACGCGCCCCUUCGGUCAAAACAAGAUUGAAAACCCCUACGAAGACCUCAUACGUGAAGACCACCUUUAUUACAUUGCCAUCGUCAUACAUUCGGCAGAUCAUUUCCUUGUCGAUCAGCUCGCGGUCAUCGUCCAAAUGGCGAAACGCCUGGGGACGAACAACCUCUUUGUUUCGAUGUUGGAUUAUGAUUCAACGGACUCGACGGAGACGCUCAUUGAUCUAUGUGAGGCCGUUUUGACUCUUCUUGGUGUGCCAUUCCGGAUCCGCAGGGUCCCGGGGAUGACGGAGGAUCCUCUAGCGGCAUAUUACCCGCUGGAGGAGGCACACACGCGUAAUCUCGUGCUGGAACCAUUGCAUGAGCUGGAGCAAAAACGCGGAAUUCGGUUCAGGCGGGUAGUUUGGCUCAAAGGGUUCACCUGCCCCAAUGAUAUCCUUGAGACCAUCAAAAUCAGCUUCACGAACGAGGCUGCGAUGGUGUGCGGUAUGGACUGGGCGGAGCAUAAUGGAUUCUUCAUGUUCUCCGACCGCUGGCGCACUCGUGAUAUUGACGGCGACCAGUUUCGACAGGCGAAAUCGUCAUCGAAAGCUGAAGCUGUCCCCCCGCGAGACAAACUCGGCGCUUCACGAUAUGCUCAGCACCUUCCCUUUCAGGUUUUCUGUUGCGAAUCUGGCACCCAUGUUGUCGACCCUGAACAAAGCUACUACCGAGGCAUUUCUUACCGGGCUGGGACUGAUUUCCACAACGUCAGCCUUGCACAGGGUGUACCGGUCAGGGAACCGGAUGCGCAAUGUUUGGAUAGCAGCCAGGCUUACUUCUGUCGUGAUUUAUGGGUCAGAAGCGCCAGAGAUGCGAUGGACGAAGUCGACCGCGCGAACAGCAACGGUGGCGGAAACAAGAUUCACCGACGGGAAGCUGCCCCGGAUCCGGUGGAAGCGGUUGCUGCAAGAGAUCCGGCACCCCAAGAUGCUGGUGAUGCUGCACUACAAGGCGCAAGGAGACCUGCUGGACAAGUCGAUCCGGACGCCAAUGCAGGGUCCGACUACGAUGCAAUGCCUGACGAAGAAGUCGAGCCGUCUCAUCAGGACGCUUCCCCGUUGUCGAUCCCGAAUUCUGUCUUCCGAGCCGCCAGAAUCCUCGUCAACCCGCGAUGCCCAACCACUUAUGCGGGUGUCAGUCACACACAGCUUGCAUUAGAUCUGUUCGGGACGGGAGAUGAUGAUGCGGUGCAAGCUGGCGCUGGCAAGUACGUUUUAGAGGACUGGGAGGGCGCCCCAGAGAGUUUCGUCUGUCAGGAGCAGCGGUGAGUGACUUGAUUGACCGCUGUGCAGAAUUUGACAAGCCAUGGAUAGCCAAACGGGCGGUCGAAAAGCUACGAAAACUCAGAGAAGACUAGGUUUCUCGAUUCACGAAGAGCUUCAGCGAGUUUGAUUCGGGGAUUGUGUGAUGAUUAUAGAGUUACAUAUGUAUGAAUAUCCUAAUUCUUGCGACUGUCCGUGCGCAUAAGGAAAUCUCCGAUAUCGAGAGAAUCCUCUCCGUCGAAAAUCAGGACUAAGCAGGUAUAUUUUAGUGCGACAGACAGCAGCAGCAACCGCG